GAGACCUCAGUCGGGCGUCGCGUGGACUCGUUUCCGCCCACAAGAAAGAUGGCGGCUCCCUUGCUGGAGAAACUAUCGGACUCCCUCGGAUCACCAGAGCCAGCUGUACGGCUUAUGCUAUCUAUUUUAAUCUGUUAUCCUUGUGCAUUGUUCUAUCGACGCUUUCUUUUCUACCAGCCGCCCACUCUUCUUCACUUGUUCCAUACUCUCUUUGGACUGGCCCUCGCUGCUUUCAACUUUGGUACACAGCUCAGUCACUCCGCAGUAUGUAUCCUUGUAGAGUUCCUGAUGCUGAGGCUCAUGGGAAGGACGAUAACCACGGUCCUCAGCAGCUUUUUCUUUCAAAUGAUUUACUUGUUGGCUGGAUACUAUUUCACCGCCACAGAAGAGUACGACAUCAAGUGGACCAUGCCCCACUGUGUCCUCACGCUCAAACUCAUCGGUCUUGCGUGGGACUACUAUGAUGGCGGGCAGGAAAAUUUGAGUGCAGAGCAGAAGAACUCAGCCCUGUCGUCGGUGCCGUCUCUGCUGGAGAUGUUCGGCUUUUCCUACUUUUACGGAGGCUUCCUGGUCGGGCCCCAGUUUACACUACGCAGCUACCAAAGACUGGUGGCCGGGGAACUGACCGACUGCCCCGGACAACCCCCUAACAGUGAUAUACCAGCUUUAAAAAGGUUCGCUCUGGGCUUCCUCUGUCUGGCAAUUUACACAAUAUUCAGUCCGUAUUACCCAGACAGCUACUACCUGACAGAUGAAUUUGAGGCGCAGCCGUUCUGGUACCGCUGUAUCUUCAUCUUACUCUGGGCCAAAUUCAACUUGUAUAAAUACGUCAGCUGCUGGGUUAUCGCGGAGGGAGCGUGCGUUCUGGCUGGGCUUGGUUACAAUGGUGUCGGGGAGAACGGGCAUCACCGGUGGAACGCCUGUGCCAACAUGAAGGUGUCUCUGUUUGAAACCACGCCUCUGUUCCAGGGCACCAUCGCCUCCUUCAAUAUCAACACCAACGCGUGGGCCGCCAGACACGUGUUCAAGCGUCUCAAGUUUGUGGGCAAUAAGACUGUUUCUCACGUGACCACUCUCUUAUUCCUGGCCAUCUGGCACGGUCUCCAUUCAGGAUACCUCAUGUGCUUCUCCAUGGAGUUUUUCAUUGUCAUCUUAGAGAGACAAGCUCAGGCUCUUGUCCGGGACAGUCCAGCCUUGACGAGACUUGCCAACAGUGCGCUGUACCCCCUCAUCUACGUCGUACAGCAGUUUAUGCACUGGUUCCUAAUGGGCUACUCCCUCAUGCCUUUCUGCCUCUUCUCCUAUGACAAAUGGCUCAAGGUCUAUUUGUCGAUCUAUUUCUGCGGACAUAUAUGUCUCAUUAUAACCUUUUUAAUAAUGCCAUACCUGCGUAAAGCGCUGGUGCCCAAGAAAGACCGAAGCCCGAAAAAGCAAGAGUAAAGCUGCUGAGGCUUCACAUAAGGUCUUUGUGAGGCCGUCCACUCAAGGGAACUGUGACUUUUGGAGCAGAAUGGGCAAAUUUACGGCAUUUAGUAAUAUAUGUUAUAUAUGAAUUCUGUAUAUAUAAUCUGUAUAUAUACACGUCAGUGGAAAAUAAAUGUAUAUUUUUUGUUGCUAGGGAGGUUUUAUAAACAUUUGACAAAUGUUUACAGGAAAUUACCGUUGUGCCACAUGGGUUUUUGUGGGCCAAUAAGGUGUGAUUUCCUGUUUUGUAUUUUUGAAGAAGAGGGACUAUAUGAACUUGAAACUUGCUGUCCGCUCUGAUUUGCACUGCCUGUUUGUGGGGCUGGAGUUUUCAAAAGCUGCAUCUAGUUUUGUUUUAGUUUCAUGUCUCACGCUAGCGGUCACAGAUUUGCACAGGACUUUCUCUGACAUGAGCCCCGUUCACACAUGCAGCCUGGUGCUUCGAGUUUACCUGCUUUUUAGCCAGUACUGAUUUCCCUGUCAUUUUGAUCCGGCAACUUCCCGGGUAAAUGACUUGUUUUCCUUGAUUAUAGAGUUGCGAAGCUGUGAUCUCACUUCUGGGUCCAAACAGAAACUUCACAGAUGAUUUUUAGCUUUGUUAUUUCCUUAUUCAUCAAACCUAUUUACCUUUCAAAAGCCAGAAAUUGUAUCAAAUAUGUAAAUAGUGCAGUAAUAAUCCAUCAUAACAGGACAUUUACCAGUGCAUGUAUCUUCUUCUUACCUCAGCCUCUCGCUCGAAAACUUUCUGACACUUAUAAACACAGAUCUAUGCGCGUAACUUUAAACCACUGCAAUCUUUUAAUUGUGAGAGAAAAAAGGAAAUUGUAAACAUGUUUUGUUUUCUGUCAUCUGAUGGACCCAGGGGUGACAUCGCUUAACAACUCUGUAACCUUGGUUUAGUUUUAGUUUUUAUUUUUAAUCAGCUUGCUUUCCAUGAUUACUAGCACGAUUUCCUUAGUUAUCAGCUUCUUUUCCUUAAGCCCGAAAUACACUGCGAUUUUUGCCCCUUUUUGAGACGAUUUUUCACUCGUGUCACUAUUUUUGGGAUCGAGUUUUUACUUAAUCACGUGUUGUGCUUCGUGUAGCAAACAUGGGGUAACGAGAAUCGAUUAAUACCUCACGCUCAGCUCCCCAUCGGCGAUCGUAGGUCAGACCUGUUUAAAAUCCUGUCGCCUCUCGAGAGGGUUUCACACUGAUGAAGUAUUUCCACGAGCUGUGAACUUUUAAACCCUGAAAUGAGUGAAAUUAUUGAAAAUAUCGCACAGUGUUUGUCCGGCAUUAGUUAGUAGCAUGUUUUCCUUGGUUGCCAGCUUGUUUUCUUUGGUUAUUAGCAUGAUUUUCUUAGUUACCAGCUUCUUUUCAUUAGUUAUUAGUAUGAUUUCCUUGGUUACCAGCUCGUAUUCCUUAAUUACAGCUUGUUUUCCUUAGUAACUUGUUUUCCUUAGUUACCAGCUUCUUUUCCUUAGUUAUAAGCGUGAUUUUCUUAGUUACCAGCUUAUUUUCUUUGGUAACCUGCUUGUUUUCCUUAGUUAUUAGUAUGAUUUCUUUAGUUAUCAGCUUCUUUUCCUUUGUUAGUAGCACGAUUUUCUUAUUUACCAGCUUGUUUUCUGUAGGUAGUAGCAUGAUUUUCUUAUUUACCAGCUUCUUUUCCUUAGUUUUAAGCACAAUUUUCCUUAGUUAUCAGCUUAUUUUCCGUGGUUAUUAGUAUGAUUUCUUUAGUUACCAGCUUCUUUCCCUUAGAUAGCAGCAUGAUUUCCUUGGUUAUAGCUUGUUUUCCGUAGUUAAUAGUAAGAUAUCUUUGGUUACCAGCUUGUUUUCCUUGGUAAGCAGCUCGUUUUCCCUGGGUAUUACCAUGAUUUCCUUAGUUAAUAGCAUGAUUUCCUUGGUUACAGCUUGUUUUUCUUGGUUACAGCUUGUUUUUCUUGGUUAUUAGUAUGAUUUCCUUAAUUACCAGCUUCUUUUCCGUAGUUAAUAGUAUGAUAUCUUUGGUUGCCAGCUUGUUUUCCUUGGUAAGCGGAUUGUUUUCUUUGGUUAUUGGCAUGAUUUUCUUAGUUACAACUUGUUUUCCUUGGUUAUAGCUUCUUUUCCUUAGUUACCAGCUUCUUUUCCUUAGUUAAUAGUAUGAUAUCUUUGGUUACCAGCUUGUUUUCCUUGGUAAGCAGCUCGUUUUCCCUGGGUAUUACCAUGAUUUCCUUGGUUACAGCUUGUUUUCAUCAAUUAGUAGCAUGAUUUCCUUGGAACGGAGUAAACCCAGCUCUGUUCUGAGACUGGUCCAUGUGUGAAUAGGGGGCAUUACUGAGUUUUCUGGCUUUUUUUUUUUUUAACCUGGCAUUUUUCUGGGUACUAUGUGUGAAUGGGGCUGUAGACUGAACAUACACACACAGUCUAAGGAUGUGCCACAUGUUAAACAGGAGCGCAGCUUUGGUACAGAUGAGGCAGGGUUCGCUCUCGGCUGCCAGUGGUUAAAAAAGCACUGUAAAAAAAAAAAAAUAACACUGUUCACUAACACACCGAUAUGAAAUGGCCUUGAAACGAUGAAUGUUUUAGAGUACAAAUAUUUGGGUUGAAUUUUUUUAACUCGAGUUUUCAAUGCUUUUUGGAAACAAUGGAAUUUUGUAGUUUCGAAAAAAGUUUUAUGGAUUUAAAUCAUCUUCCUGUGUUGUCAAAUGCAAGUUGUUUUUGCCUUAUUGUCCUCCAGUCCUCUCACCUGCCACUGUCCACUGCCAACCUGCUCCCUGCAUCUGUGAGCGGAGUCUUCCCCAGCAUUGAAGUCAUCCGUGUGAUCCUUUUGUGAAGAACACUUUUGGUUUUGUUUAAGUUCGUCUGGAGCAGCGUUUGUGACAUUUCACUCGUUAAGUCUCUGUCACCACAGACCUCAUUUUAGAUUUGUUCAUAUUUGUGUUCAUUGUAAUUGUUCACUGGUAUUAAUUGUUGACCUUUGCCUUAUAAUUCUAAAUAUUGAGAGAAUAAGUGGAGAGUGAUUUAAAUACAAUUUUAUAAUGUUAUAAAAUGCUGCAUUUCAAACUUCA